AUGCAGUCUUUAACAGUACUAGCUUUGCUCUUAGGCAUGGCCUUUGCAGACGAUGCUUGCGAUUACAACUCAAAAGUCGGUUCAAACAAGCCAGCCCCUUGCAUCAGGCCUACCUACAAAACAGAAACCGAGUUCACCUUCGACCCAUUGCUGCCCGAGACCUCCAAGUUCGUCUACGCAUUCGACAAUGUCACGUACGACGACUGGAAUGAAUUGAAGAGUAGAGACAAAUAUGCGACGGCGCGCGCAUGCUCCAUCAAGCCCAACAACACCCUCACUCGUCCACACUACACCACGGUUCUCACCACAUAUGUCAACGGCACGGGGCCAACUGGGGGUAGCAAUAACGGAUGCGAGAACGUCUUGGGGAAAACGUGCAUUGAUAAGAUUAAUGAAGCCAUCGAAACUCUUUUCACGUCCAAGGAGGGCAUUCUAGAGACUAUUUCCGACCUUGCUCUGGCUUACAAGAAUAAGCUUCUCCGAGACGCCUACCCAACGGAUUUGUUUAGCGAAUAUAGCAAAAUCCAAGGAAGAGAUGGAACCGUAAACCAACUUCAGGGAUCUUCAUCAUACCUCGCCAUUGAAUACAAUGACACGGAUAAGUUUUCGACUGUUAAAAGCGGUGUGAAUCCGUCGGGUAACUCUUCUUGGACCUACUACGACCAGAACAACAAGACUGCCGUUACCUUCAUCAACCGACAGCCCUCCAAGGAAUACAACAAGAACUACACAAAGGACCAGAUACAAUUCACUAUGCUUUGCACUAGAAUUUCGCAAGAUGACAUCGACAAGGUCACGGGCGGCUCGAGCAACAGCGGGGUCUCGAACAAUAACUCGAACAGCGACAAAGGCGGAGCAGGAAGUGUAACAGGUGUACCAAUGGUCGCUACGUUGGUCGUGUCUCUGGCAGCGCUUUUUUGGUUGGGAGGCCUGUAA